UUACACGUGGUGUAGGUGUUUACAGCGAGCACUGUGGCAAGUAGAAGCGAAGGUUUUCGUGUGACAGAUUUAUUUAAUCAGUUUGCAGAAUGACAAAGAAGAAGGCAUGGAGAUCUAAGAGAUUUAGGGAUGACCGGGAUGAGCGUGGAUGGAGACCUCCUGCUCCUACAGAAAACCCAGCACUGGAAAAAUAUUACAAGGGACAAGACAUAGUGCCCGAGGGCGAGUGGGAACAGUUUUACAGCAAGCUUCACGAGACACUGCCCGUCACUUUCAGGAUAACAGGCUACAAAGAGCAAGCACAGGAGCUGUUAAAGAUUAUCAAAGGCCAUUAUUUUAACAAGUUUGUCGACGUGGAAGUGGAGGGUAGAAAGGUAGAUCCACCAAAAUGUAUGGAAUGGUAUCCUGAUGGUUUGGCUUGGCAGCUGGAUUUGACCAAGAAGGCAAUCCGUGGCAGUGAGCCUCUGAAACAGUUACAUGAGUUUCUCGUGUCAGAAACUGAAAGUGGCAACAUCAGCCGGCAGGAAGCUGUCAGUAUGAUCCCACCCAUCCUACUGGAUGUCAAAUCUCACCACAAGGUCCUUGAUCUCUGUGCAGCUCCUGGUUCUAAAACAGCACAGUUGAUAGAGUACUUACACAGUGAGGAGAGCACAGCCAUUCCAGAGGGGUUUGUUGUUGCCAAUGACAACGACAACAAACGGUGUUACCUGAUGACACACCAGGUCAAAAGGUUACAGAGCCCUAACUGUAUGAUCAUCAACCAUGAUGCCACCAUACUGCCAAACCUUUUCUUAUCUUCGCCGAAAUCUGGGACUCCAUCAGCUGUGGUCUAUGACAGAGUAUUAGCAGAUGUUCCUUGCAGUGGGGAUGGAACCCUGAGAAAGAACCCUGAUGUGUGGCGCAAGUGGAACCCUACUAUGGGUAUGAAUCUUCAUGGGUUGCAGCUGCGAGUGCUGAAGCGUGGGCUAGAACUGCUUGCUGUGGGCGGCCGCCUGGUUUACUCUACCUGCUCCCUGAAUCCUGUGGAGGAUGAGGCUGUGAUCUCUGAAAUGUUGAGGAAGUGUGAUGGUGCCAUUGAACUGGUGGAGGCUGAGUCUAUGUUACCCGGGUUACGCUGUAGCAGAGGUCUGUCAUCAUGGAAGUGUAUGGAUCGUAAGGGUGUCUGGUAUACAGAUUUUGAGCAAGUCCCCGAGAAUCUUCGGAAUCAGAUCCGGUCCUCGAUGUUCCCACCCUCAGAGAAAGAAGCCCAAACCUAUAACAUGAACAGAUGCCUGCGAAUCCUACCACAUCACCAGGACACGGGGGGAUUUUUCAUCGCUGUUAUCCACAAGACCAAACCCUUACCAUGGACAAACACUCACAGGUUCUCAGAUAAAAAAGAAGUGAAUGAAACUGCCACAAGUCAUAAAGAAACGAAUCAAAGUGACAUUAAAACAGCUGCUGAAAAUGCAGCUUUGACGUCAACAGCAGAUGAGCAUGAUGUCAUUCACAAGGACGACAGUGGGGAAACUGAGAGCAAGUCAAAGAUGGCUGCCAGUAACCAUGGGAAUGGUAUGGGAGAUGCCAGUUCUUCUCAGCUAGAAGGGAAACGGAAGGGAGAUGUGACAGAAGAGGCACCCAAGCAGAAGAAACAGAGGAUGGGGAUGUACAAAGAGGAUCCCUUUCUGUUCGUACAAGGAGAAGAAGAAUUCUGGCCUCCCAUCAAAUCGUUUUUCGGUAUUUCCGCCGAGUUCCCAGAGAAGCAGUUGAUGUACCGGUGUGCUGACGGAAAAAAACGAAACUUGUACUUUGUGUCUGAGCACAUCAAGACCAUCGUACAGCAUAAUGAAGACCGUGUAAAGUUCAUCAAUCUGGGGGUGAAAAUCUUUGGACGUAGCCCCUCUCCCCUGGUCCCCCAGUGUGAUUUUCGGCUGGCACAAGAGGGUUUAGUAGUGAUGCGUCAGUUCUCAACAUCACGUCGUCUGAAGCUGUCACGGGAUGAUCUCGUGACAUUACUUACCGAGGAGAACCCCUACCUGGAUAAAAUGAGUGAAUCUGUGCAAACUCAGGCAAAGGAUUUGGGUCCUGGGAGUACAAUAUUUCAGUACGAGCCUUCAGACCUUGGUACAGAACCUGCAUGCGAGAUCGUCGUUUGUGGCUGGAAGGGUAAAACGUCACUGCGAUCCUUUGUGGGCAAGUUUGACCGCGCUCAUUACCUGAGGUUGUGUGGUUUGGAACUGAGUGAAAUCCAAAGACAAGUUGCGGCGAAAAAGGCUGAAAAGUUGGCGGAGAAAGCUGCUGUGGACAAAGACAAUGUUGACUGUUGUAUGGAGAGUGAUUCAGGGGAGGUAACUAACCACCUAGAUAUUGACAGAGUUGCUAACACGGAUGCCGUUACUGAAAUCGAGGAAGAAGCCACCAGUAUGGAAAACACGUAAUUUAGGGUCCAGGUUUUAAGAGCUGAGGAUGUAAAAACAGAACUCAUAUUUUGAUGUCUGAACACGCAAUUAACUGAAAAAUAAAUG